GCAGCAGCAGAUACCUGAUACUCGGGUUGUGCAAGCGCGAAGGGGGAGCCUGGCCCUGCCCGGCCCUUGGGAGCCACCCGGAAGGCCGAGCCCGCCGGCCCCACCUGGAGAGGAGCUUAAAGGCCGGCCGGGCGGCCACAGCGCAGCCGGUUCCUGCACCAUGCCCGCGGCCCGCAGCGUCCUCAUCUUGGCGGGGCUCCUGGCUCUGUGGGCAGAGCUGCCGGCAGCAUCCGCCCAGAAUGACACCACCAAAGCCGGCGUGUGCCCCAGCCCGGCGACGGAUGCGGUGAACUGCACGGUGGGGUGCCAGUCCGAUGGCGACUGCGAGAGCACCCUCAAGUGCUGCCCGGCAGCCUGCGGCAAGGCCUGCCAGAAGCCUGACGAGAAGCCUGGCACCUGCCCACCCGUGAACCCGGGCAUCCCCAUGCUGGGCGUCUGCUCCAACCAGUGCAAGACCGAUGCCAACUGCUCCGGGAUCCAGAAGUGUUGCAGGAAUGGCUGUGGCAAGGUCUCCUGUGUGACACCCAUCCAGUGAGGUGCAGCCGCCUCCUGCCAGCCCAGCCACAGGGAAGCUGCUGCCUGAUGCCCAUCCCUCAUGCCCUGGCCGUGGCCCUGCACCUUCCCCCGACUUGGAGCCUUCAGCCUCAGUUUUCUCCCUGGGGUUCUCUGCUCAGGGCAAGACCCCUGCACUCUCACCAAUAAAGCAGCUUCUCCCUGA